UCAGAGAUCUUCACAUCAUAGAAUUGACUUUCGGUGCACUGGCCAAAGCCCCUCAAAGACCACUGGGGAAGAUGUCCGGAGCACCUCCUGGAGGUCGGAGCAACUGGCAGGUGCUGACGGAUGCCUGGCCGGCUGCCUGCUGUACCUGGCUGUGCGGAGAGGGAACAGGAGAUGGAGCUCCCCUUGGCUACAGCCUCUGAUCCCAGGGCCUGGCUGUCUCCCACGGACUUCAGCUGCAGAGAAUCAGAGUGGAGGCCGAGAGGAGCCAGAGGCAGGUGGAACACCGAGACUCAAAGAGGUCAAGGGACUUGGUCAAGAGACUCACUUGAGGUCGUCUGACAGCGACAGGCAGAGCCGGGACUGAACGCAGUCCCAGACAAACCAAUGAGGAGCAUCAAGUAUAUGCAGAAGGAUAUAAUAAACCUCAAGAAAGACCUUACACGAAGCCGCAUCUUGAUCCAGUGGGUGAAGAUUGGCCGUGGAUACUUCACUAUUCUGAGGGAGGAGAGUGCAUUGAAAAAGAAGCAACAACAACUUCAGAAACUCAAAGAGGAAGGAAGAAAUAUAUUCCAGCCAGCCAAAAAGAUGUCAGAUGUCCAGUAUGGGGAUAUUCUUUUGACCGCAAACGGGGACAAGAAGAUGAAGAAGGUGGGGAUGGGAGUCCUCCUGCGUCCGUUCACCCCCGUGCACAGCUGCAUCAUUGCGCCCUCGCUGCCUCAGGCUCACGUCGAGCCCAUCUUCCGCCAGCUCUGUGCCCUCCACUGGCUCCUGGAGGCCCUGACUAUCGACCACACCCACCACACCAUGAAGCCCGUGAUCACCUGCUGGAAUCCGAAGGACCCAGGUGGAAGCAAGAGCACAAUAAAAAAAAUCAAUAAGGACAAGUCCAUGGGACAGAGGUGGGAGCGCUUCAUCACAGCCCCAAAGACCAAGAGAUUCAAGGUUCCUGUAGCACGCGUCACCAGCUACAAACCAAGCCGGCGAGGCUCCACCCUCAGUCUGUCUCGGACAAGUGGAGGGUCAUCCCCCCAGAGCAGCAUGGUCUCCGUGAACCCGGGCUCAGAUGAGCCCCAGAGUGUGAUCACCCAGGCGACAGGCAGCAAGGACGUUGAGGACAGUGAAUCGUCUUCGGCCAAGCCUGAAGAAGAACCUCUCCAUGUCAAUCUGCAGAAGCUCCUGGAGAUGGUUCGGGAAGAUGCUCAGAGAACAGUCACAAUGGCAGAUGGGAUGCAAAAACAAGCGGCCAGUAUCUUCUCAACGCUCAGACAAAACAAGAGUGAUUCUGCCUAUAAAGACAUGCAGACCACCCGCAAAUCAAGUGACAGAUCCAGCAGUACAAGUGGAGACAGCCACUCCCAGGUGCCCCAGAAGAAGUCUAAAAGCCGCAGCAACCGUGACAUCAUCCACUGCAAGAGUGGGGUGUGUAACGCCCUGAGGGCCAAGUUUAACAAUGUGGCCCAGGAGGCUGGCCUCUGUCUACAGGACAAGAUGGAAAUCCUCAUGAAGCGCCAAGAAGAAAGAGGUCUCCAGAAGUUCCGUUCUUUUGACCUUGUCUCAAAUUUCCAAAAGGAUGUAGCAAAAAUGAGACACCACAUCUCCAUGGCAAAAGGGGAUGCAGAAGAAAUUGCACAGCACUGGUACUUUGACCUGCUGUCCAAACUCCCUGAGGAUCUGAAGAAUUUCCGCCCUGCCAAAAAGAUCCUGGCGAAACUGCAGAAGUUUGGGGAAAAUCUGGACCUGAGGAUCCGGCCGCAUGUUCUCUUGAAGGUGCUGCAGGACAUGAGGGUCUGGGAGCUGUGCUCUCCGGACAUCGCGGUGGCUGUCGAGUUUGUGCGAGAACACAUCAUCCACAUGCCUCACGAGGAGUAUAUCAGCUGGCUGCAGGACCGAAUCAACGUCCCCAUCCGGCCCCACAGUGCCCAGACGUAGUGGGCCUGGGUUGACCAGCGAUCCCAGUGGAGGAGGGCUGUCUGCACUGUGUUCCUGUUUCCUACCUACUCUCAUGGAUACUCGUUAUGACCUAGUAGGGGCAUCUGGAGACCAGAUGACCCUGCCAGCGUUCUAGAGGGAGCUCCUCCCGGGUGGGAGCUCCCUCCUGCCUCGCACGCCAGCCUCAGUCUCCCAGCCUCCGUUCCUCGCUGGUCUAGGCUGACUCUGCCUGCUCCUUCUGCAGAAUCCUUCACCCUAUUUCUCCUCCUCAAAUGCUAGAUAAUAAAAUU